AUGUCUCGAGCUUUCCCCCAGUCCUCCCUGUCAAGAAUAGAGACGAUGGAGGAGACUGUUACUCCUGCAGCCACGUGCAACAAGGCUGUCAUCGCUUUGGGGAGCAACAUGACCUACACAAGGCGCGUCGAAAAUAUUGAAGCAGCAUUGAAACUCAUGAAGAAAGAAAAUUUCCAUAUUACCAAAUUGAGCCAUCUCUACGAGACCAAGCCCAUGUAUCACCAUGACCAAGAUCCUUUUUUGAAUGGGGUCUGUGAGAUAAAGACCCAUCUCAAGCCCAUACCGCUUCUGCACGCUUUACAAAGCAUUGAAAAUACACUUCUUCGGAAGCGUACCAUCCAAAAUGGACCAAGAACCAUUGAUCUUGAUAUCCUGCUUUACAACGAUGAGAGAAUCAACUUUCCAGAGCUCGAGGUACCCCAUAAGCUUAUGCUAGAACGGGAGUUUGUCCUCCGCCCUCUCAAUGACAUCCUGCCUGACUACGUCUUACCACUAGAAUCCUCGGGAACCACACCAAAUUGGACUAUCAGCCAGCACCUCGACGCUCUAAGCCACGAUCCCUCCAUGUCACCCGUCGUAAUGGUCCAACCCAAUCGUCGUAUCCCACUGAUCCGAAGCCAAGACCCAACUCGCCGGACUAUGAUCAUGGCUAUUUUCAACGCCACGCCUGAUUCCUUCUCAGCAGAGAAACUGCCCAAAAAUGGAGAUGCGAGGAUGAUGUUUGGUACCUUCUUCGAGAAAGGCGCCGAUAUCAUCGACAUCGGUGGCCAGAGCACACGACCUGGUGCUGAGCUCUUGACAGCUGAAGAAGAGCUUGCCCGCGUGCUCCCCUACGUUAGACAAUGCAAGGAGAUGAAGCGGCAAGACACGGUUGUCAGUGUCGAUACCUUCUACUCCAAAGUCGCUCGCAAAUGCAUCGAUGCAGGUGCAGAUAUCAUCAACGAUGUCUCUGGCGGACUACUUGACGAACAAAUGCUACCCACGGUGGCCGAGCUCAACAGAACCAUCGUGAUCAUGCACAUGCGCGGCAACCCGAAAACGAUGACCAAAUUGACGGAAUAUUCUGACGGUGUUGUGAACGGCGUGCGCCGAGAACUCGGUGAACGCGUCAGAGCUGCCCACAAGGCUGGAAUUCCACCUUGGCGCAUCAUCCUUGAUCCAGGUAUCGGAUUCGCAAAGACAGAAGCUCAGAACCUGGAAUUGCUACGAAACCUGGCAGAGUUGAGGAAGCCUCCCAGUUCACCAGGGGAAGAAGAUCUAUCUAAAUACCCUUGGCUCAUCGGCCCUAGCCGAAAAGGGUUUAUUGGGAAGAUAACUGGUGUUGAGGAAGCGAAGCUCCGCCAAUUCGGUACAGCCGCGGCGGUAACGGCAUGUGUGGCUGGUGGUGCUGAGAUAGUGAGAGUCCACGACGUCACACAGAUGUCUGAGGCUGUCAGAUUGGCCGACGGCAUCUAUCGCAGCCGAGACUCGAGUUUCAAUGAGCCGACAGGCGCGCGAAGCCAAGCUUCGAGCUCGUAG